AUCCAACUCACCUGGGCUGAUAUCCCAUUCCUAGGGAUGGAUGAUGGAUGAUGUAUGUAUCGGCACUCGGACACAGAAAUUGGAAGAAGGGAAAAGUGGAAGAGAGAAAAAUGGGGAUGGAUUUCACGGUUUGGGAAGAAAUUGAGCGUUCAGGGAGCUACCGGGUUUGCUCCAUGUACGAGGAGGCUGCAUCGUUAGCUUCCUCGGUUCAUGGUGACGAUGGGAAGUUGGAGUUGUAAGACGUGAUGGAGUCCACCGGUAUGGUUCUGGUUCAGUCCUUGAAGGAACUAGGCAGGUAUUUUCCUUUCUGUUGCUAUUGUUAGAAAAGAAAGCAGAAGGGAAAAGGGAAGGAAACGGUUUAUGAAUAAACUUGUUAUAAAGGGUCAUGGUUGAUUGCUUUUUUAAGUCAAUUUUACUUGUGGGUAUGAUUUUUGCAGAACUUCUGGGAUUGUAGAUGAGCUCAGAACUCUGUUUGUCUCUGUUGAUGCGAUCCCGGUUCUUCUAACUGGGUAUUCUUCACUCUAUUCCUGUUACCUUCUAUUUCAUUUUUUGACAUGCUAUGCAACAUAAAUUGAGGUUUUUUCA